AUGUUCCGUCGCACUAAUACCUCUUUCCCUGUUUCGGCGCGCACUGGCGGUUUCAAAAGCAUGGCGUUCGUUCUAGAUCUACCGAACGAACUUCUCAUCGAGAUCUUGGAAUACUUAGAUUCCGCCUGGGAUUUGCAAGCAGUAUCGGGCACUUGCCAUCGGCUUCAUUACGUCGGAAAUCCGAUUUUAUAUUCAUUUGCGGUCGAAAAACUCCCACACCUCCUGACCUGGGCCUGCGAAGUCGGCGAAAUAGAAAUCGUACGGAAGCUUCUCGUAGCUGGGGCGGACCCGAACGAACCAGCGGUAGGAAUCAGGCCUACGCGUCCUACCCAGACGGGGAGUGACAUCACGGAUCCCCUAGUCGUUCUUUAUGAAGUAUACGAGAACGUUCCCUGGAGCGGCGGCGUACUAGGCUGGCGGGAGCACGGAGACGGUCAAGAUAUCACCUACCAGCCUGGUAGAAACUUGGAUUGGUACUGUGAGGGCCUUUGCAACUAUUGGUUCCCACUUCAUGGCGCCGCUAUCUCUGGUUCAAUUGGAAUCAUACAAUUGCUUGUCGACCACGGUGCUCAUAUCGAUCCUCCGUCGCGUGAGCUGUGCCACUGCUAUGGUGAUAAUGGAUAUGGAUAUUGGACGCCCCUUCACACAGCAAUAUGCUCCUAUAACGAAUCGACUGCGAAUUUUCUCCUGAAUCUUGGAGCUUCACCAACCGUAGAACUGCAGUUUGGGGCCCAUAAUGCGCUUCACGCAGCGGCUCGUGUAGGCUUUUUCUCUACCAUGCGAUUGCUUAUCGAAGGCAACCAUCAUGUUUCCGUUAAUAUUACGGACCAGCGCGGCCUAACUCCCUUGAUGUGGGCUUUGGGAACACCGCAAAGCAAACGGGUGAUAGAAUAUCUGUUCAGCCAUGGUGCCAAAGUUAACCAAACCCGACCUCGCAGAUUAACCGCUCUAACACAGGCUUGUUCCGAUGGGUGGCACGAGGAUGAUGCGUUCCUACUUGACGCUGGGGCGAAUAUUAAAGCCCAUGAGACGGCCGCACUUUUGAAGUGUUUAAAUUUCUGCGGAAGGCGAUUCUCCCGCGAAGCUCCCCCACGCGAAAGUAUCGAGGGUUGGUAUUGCCCCCAACCAACCCCUUCCUCUAAAUACGGCGAAAGGCUAGGACACUUGCAAAGACCAAGCCUUGGCAACGUCGACGAAGACGACGAAUUUGCAGCCAUGAUGAAGCUAAUGAAGAGAUUGAUACGAGGUGGUAGUGUUAUUUCUUCUCGAUGGAGAGGUGAUGCGCUCGUGAAAGCAUCGAAAUUUCAUUUAACGCCUAUCGUAAAUUGCCUUUUAGAGCAUGGGGCCCCGGUCACUGAUCUAUAUCUGAUACUUGUGGCUGUCUGCCAUACGAAUGUACCAUGGAGUGAUCGUGUCUAUGACACCGUCAAUUGCCUUCUCAGGCAUGGCGCGGAUCCCAAUCAGGCCGAUCGGUUCGGCGACACGGCUUUAAUGACGGUCUGCUGCCAGAAAUAUCCAAGUGCAUAUCACCGCGAUGUAGUGAAGCUACUGGUCGAUUACGGGGCGGAGUUCAAUAUACGUCAUUCUCCUCGUUAUUCGGAGCGGUUUCUGCUGGAGCCUCCUUUCUCGCCUCUGGAAGCAGCGUUCUGUUACGGACACUACGAUAUUUGCCGAUACCUUGUGGACAAAGGGGCGGCGACCUCCGAGGAGACAUGCGAUCUUCGUCAGAUGCUGAAAUACCUCAUUGCCAAAGUUCCAGAGCUUGAGGAGGGUGGUGUCGAAAAGUACACAUACCAAGAGAUAUUCGAAUACGGUGGCGGGGUCCAAUGGUUGAAUAUCAACCUAACAAAUCACCGAGAUGAGUUCCGCGAAGCCUUGAGAUGCUUGCUGAAAAUCGACUACUCCGGGAAACUCACCCGGGACCCUGAGUCCCUACGGCUUGCCUUCAAAAUCCGCCACUUUCCGCUGCUUGAGGUUUUCCUUAACUCUGGUGCAUCUGAUGCUUCGUGGCACUUAGAAAACGAAGACUCACUGAUGCAUUGUGUCGUCGGAGAGGGAUUCUAUAACGAGAACAUCAGUAUACCCUAUGUGCAAAGCCUCCUUACCAUUGGUGCCGAUAUAAACACCAUAAACGGCCAGGGUUGGUCACCUUUAACAGCCCUUCUUCACUCCGUACACAGUAAAGUAGAGUUUACAGAGGGUGGCGUGGAAAGGUUCGCUGGAAUACUAGCAGUUCUGGUUGGUAACGAUGCUAUUCAGCUGGAGUCGGACGUCCACACCUUCAAGGAAUUACUCAAGGAAGACGAAUUAUUUUACGAUUCGGAUUUUGGGGCAAGGCAUAGAAGGGUGAUUAAUGGCAAAUGUAUGGUCAGAGGCGAGAAGAUAGUCACACGGGAGCAAUAG